AUGAAUCUAAGAGAAGAAAUAAAGGAGUGGAGGCUCGAAAGGGGAAUGAAAAGAGAAUGGAAAGAAAAGAAAGAAAGACUAGAGGAAAAGGAGAAGAGGAUGAGAGGCCUGAGUGAAGAAGGGCCCAUGGAGGAAGAAGCAGUGGGACCUGAAAGGGAAAAGGAAGAAAAAUGCCAGGGUGGAAAGGAAGCAAGAACAAAAUGGGGGAGGGAAGAAAUAAAUAAAGAGGAAGAAGCAGAGGUGCAGGAAAAAGAAGAAGAAAGAUCCGCAGGAGCAGAAGAUAAAGAAGAAAGGGCAGGAAGAGGUGCUACAGAAGAAGUGAAAGAGAAAGAGAGGAGAAGAUCUGAGGGAGACAUAAAGGAGCCGGAGGGAGAAAAAGAAUGGAGAAGAAGAAUGGAAAAAGAAGGAGCAAGAAGAAGAAAAGAGGAAUGA